UGUGAACCAAAAAGGAAAAUGACAUGCUGUGUUGUGUUGAAGAUAAGGGAGGGCAAAUUAGAAUUUGCGUGGUUAAGCAAUUUCAAGAGAAGAAAAUAUCUCUUGUUUAACCUUCGAAUUUCCGAAGUGCAACAUUGUCGCUAAGCUCCAACUAAAGAUAUGGAAGAACGUACACAAAGGUAUGCAGUGGUGACAGGGGCAAACAAAGGAAUUGGAUUUGAGAUAGUAAGACAGUUAGCUUCAGCUGGAAUCAAAGUUGUGCUUACAGCAAGAGAUGAAAAAAGGGGUCUUCAAGCAUUGGAAACACUCAAAGCUUAUGGUUUAUCUGAUUUUGUUGUGUUUCAUCAACUAGAUGUUGCUGAUGCUUCAAGUGUAGCUACUCUUGCUCAUUUUGUCAAAUUCCAAUUUGGGAAACUUGAUAUUCUGGUUAACAAUGCUGGGAUUGGCGGAAUUGAAAUUAAAGACAGUGAUGUAUUCACUUCAGCAAUCAUUACAAACGGGGCACUAUCUAAUGAUGAAUUGAGAAGAGGAAUGACACAAACAUAUGAGUCAGCUAAAGAAUGCUUGCAAAUAAAUUAUCAUGGACCUAAAAGAACAUUUGAAUACCUUCUUCCACUCCUCCAAUUAUCUGAUUCACCAAGAGUAGUGAAUGUAUCAUCAACAUUGGGCAAGAUAGAGUGUGUAUCAAAUGAAUGGGCUAAAGGAGUUCUAAGUGAUGCUAGUAACCUAACAGAAGAGAGAGUAGAUGAAGUGUUAAAGGAGUUUCUCAAAGAUUUUGAAGAAGGGUCCUUAGAAAGAAAAAAUUGGCCCAAGUAUUUGGCUGCCUAUACUGUUUCUAAAAAUUCUCUAAAUGCAUAUACAAGAAUUAUUGCAAAGAAAUAUCCAAACUUUUGCAUCAAUUGUGUUUGCCCUGGAUAUGUCAAAACAGAUAUGACUGUUAAUACUGGCUUCUAUACAGUUCAAGAAGGUGCUUCUAAUCCUGUCAGGUUAGCACUACUUCCCAAUGGUAGUCCCUCUGGCCUCUUCUAUAUUCGAGAUCAAGUCUCUUCAUUUUGAUUGCUAUUUUAUAUUAUAUAUAUUUUACAAUUUUAAUGAACUAUGUAUAAGAUUUACUUUAUGCCAUAAAUCAUUUUUACAUUAUCAAUAAACAAUAUGUUAAAUUUUGUAUA